GCUUCAAGACAUCAAGAAGAUGAACAAGUGGCCCUUGUCAGAACAGAUCAAAGUGGAAGGGCAUGGCCUGUGACAGCAGCAACUGAACCACAGGAGCCAAAAGGAGGACGAAGAAAGCGACAGAUGUUCCCUACUCAUGUAGACAGAGAAAGAGUAAGAUACUUUCAAGAUGAUGAUAGUAUGGACUUGAAGGAUUUGGUCAAAAAUGAGAAGAUGAGAACAGCAGAGGAUCAAAACUCACUGUUCAUGCGAAUGGCGUCAAAGCUCAUGGAAAAAACUGACAGAGAGUACUACACUCUGGAUGACAUGUUUGUUUCCAAAGCAGCCAAACGAGCACGCAGUGGGGAAGAGGAAGAAAUGCAAAGAAGAAAAGCAAUACAUGAACACCAGCAGCUUGCUGCACGCAUGGAAAAGUGCCCAUACUGCUUUGAUAGCAGUGAACUUUCUAAACAUCUUAUUAUUGCAAUUGGCACCAAGGUAUACUUGUCUCUACCAAGCAACCAGUCCCUUACUGAAGGUCACUGCCUGAUAGCCCCUCUACAGCACCAUACUGCAGCCACUCUUUUGGAUGAAGACAUCUGGGAGGAAAUCCAGAUGUUCAGAAAUGCGUUGGUGAAAAUGUUUGAAGCUAAAGAUUUGGACUGUGUGUUCCUAGAAACAAACAGGAGUAUGAAGAAACGGUAUCACAUGGUAUACGAAUGCAUUCCUCUUCCAAAAGAAGUAGGAGAUAUGGCUCCAAUCUACUUUAAGAAAGCUAUAAUGGAGUCUGAUGAAGAGUGGUCCGUGAACAAGAAGUUAAUUGAUCUUUCUUCAAAAGAUGUUCGGAAAUCUGUUCCUAAAGGAUUUCCAUACUUUUCUGUGGACUUUGGCCUUCAAGGAGGAUUUGCUCAUGUGAUUGAAGAUGAACACAAGUUCCCUCAUUACUUUGGAAAGGAAAUAAUUGGUGGCAUGCUGGACUUGGAACCGCGGCUCUGGAGAAAAGGAAUCAGACAGAAUUUUGAGGAUCAGAGGAAGAAGGUGUUGCAGUUUGCACAGUGGUGGAAACCAUAUGACUUUACCAAAAAGAAAGAAUGAGUACAUCCCUGCAGUCAAGGACUAUAUAAGCCAUAAGUUAAUAUUAAAGGAUAUUUUAUAUGUUUGGAAUAAACACUAGUGUAUUGUGUAUUGCUAAUAUAUUUUAAGCCCAAGUAUAUUGUUUAAUUGCUGAUUACCUGUUUCUGGUUUAGACAUUGUGUGGAUCACAUGAACCUGCAAGCCUGACAAACCACAAAUGUACAGUGUUUUUAGUUUUUCAUUUUUGAACUGAGCCAAAAAAUAAUAUUAAUGUGGCUACUGUAAUUCUUCAAAAUGUAGCUUCUGCUUUUGGAGUUUUAAUAAUCUUUGAGGCAACUCAUUUUUUUUUUUUUAAUGUUGUAUUUAGCAUAGAGCCAGUGCUUAGUUAUCAUGGUGACCUUUUGUAGAAAAUGGUGUAAAUUAAUAAAAGAACAUUUUGAUUAAUACAAAUACAUUGU